AUGAAAAAUUAGAGAAUAUCAAAAAAAUUGAACAAUUGCGAAAUUGCCAUUAAUAGAAUCAAAUCCAAGUUUAGAAUGAGCACCAUUUUAAUAAUUUAUUCUUUUUUCAUACUUGCUUUUACUUUUGCAAAUCUUGCUAUAUGUUUACAUAUGUAAAUCACUCUGACAAGUAAUCAAAUUGAAGAAAUCUCUAAUUAGUAAUUAAAAUUACAAAAUUCCAAGUGAAUUUCAUAUUUUAAUAUAGAGCUUUAAAUAUUCAAUCAUAAGAGACAACUCAUUUAUUUCAAAUAGCUUUUCAAAUGGCAAUUUCAAAAAUGGAAAAAUUAACCACUCUUAACUUAAUAACAUCUAUUUAAGGAGUGGAUACAGUAAAAAACAUAUCAUCUUGUCAUGUGGCUUAAUAAUUUGAUGAUUCAAUUUAAUAAGUUACUCUAUGUCUCUCAAAUUCAGCAACUUAAGAAUAAUAAACUAAUUAUAGUAAACAAUUUAUUUCAUUCCUCAAUGUUUUUGAAAGUCUAUAGUAAAUUUUUGACUUUCCUAUAAUUUCCAAAUAAUUAUAUUUAGUUUCUCCUUAUGAUCACUUCUUAACUGCUUAUUAUCCAAUAAAAUUAAAAAAUGAAACAAAAGAAUUAGUUUAAUAUGACUGGUUUAUUAAUUAUACAACUGAAAUUUAGUAAAGUUAAAAUCCAUCCUUUUUUAAGCUUAUUCCUUAUGUAAAGUUAUAAAAUUAUGAAUAUUUAUUUGCAGCAUUAACUAUAUUAAUGAUUGAUAAAAAUCAUUAAAUCAAUGGAAUUGGAGUGUAGAUUAUAAACUUUCCAUUACUUUCUCGUAUCCUAUUUAUUGAGAAUUUAAAUAUUAUUCUAGUCUAUGAAGAUGGUAAAAUUAUGUACACAUAAAGUUAUAUUAAUAAUGGUUUAGAAAAAGAAAUAAGAUAUAUUUUUAAUGAAACUGUCAGUGGUUUUAAUUAUUCUGAUUGGGAAUUGAUAAAAUAUUCACUCAAUUUAAAUUACUCUAUUUAAAUAUAUAAUAGAUUAUUAAAUUAAAAUGUUUAUAUUAAAGCUAAGUAAAUUCCAGAUACUCCUUUAAUAUCAUUGAUGUAUUAUUUUUAAUUUCUAUUUAGAUUAACUAAUAUAACAUAUGAAAAUGAAAUGUAAAAGCUACUACAUGAAUAGAUAGACUCAAUAUAAAAUUGGUAAUUAACAUUAAUAUCUUAUUCUACACUUGCAAGCAUUUUAAUAAUUUUAUUAAGUUUAAUACCUUUAAGAUCUUUAUUUAAACCAACUUAAGUUGUAAUAGAAAUGAUGAUUAAAUAUUUAUUGGGAAAAUUCGAUUAUAAAUUGAAAGAUCAAGUUAUCAGAGAGAAUGAAAUAUAAGAAAUGAAUAAUGUUAUUAAUUAAUUUUACUAAGCCUAUUAAAGGGUAGAUAUUACAUUAAAUUAAUCACAAUACGUUAAAAAUGAGCAUUGUAUGUUAAUUGAAAAAUUUUUUUAUUAAUAGAAUAUAGGUACUAUGUUAAAUCUUUCAUUUGAAAAUCUGAAAAAUAAUAAUGAAUAAAUUAGUCUAUCUGAAUUUUAACAAUUUAUAGCCAUAUCAAAUUUUGUUGUUGGUUGA